GGACCCGAGUUACCAGGCAGGCGCUGCCCUUCCUGCCAGCCCACCAGCCAGCAGGGAGCGAUGGAGAACUGGGGGUCCCAGGUGACCUCGGUGCCAGCGGACGAGCUGGAAUUCUUUAUCCAGAAUAACCUGGAGCCCUAUGGAGAAUUCCAGAAGAAGGUCCACACGAUCGUGAGCACCAUCUGUGACAUCCUGAUGAAUUCCCUGACGUUCCCUGUGGUGCAGGGCAUGGCCAUGGGUGGCUCCUACGGCCGGGAUACAGUCCUGAGAGGCCACUCAGAUGGUGUUCUCGUCCUCUUCCUUGAUCACUUGCAACAAUUCCGGGAUCAAAAGAAAAGCCAACAGGAAAUCCUCAAUAUCAUUGAGCAGCAGCUGAAGAAUUACCUGCUGAUCGACCAGGUGAAGAUCCUGAGAUUCCAAGAGUGCCUCCUCAUCUCAGUGUCCUGGUGGAAACAGCAGAUGAUCUUUAAGGUGGUCCCCGCCUUCAACCCUCUGGGCGUAAAUGAAAGCCCCAGCCCUUGGAUCUACCGACAGCUCAAAAGCUCCUUGGAUGAGGCCAGGGCCAGUCCGGGUGAGUUCUCCGUGUGCUUCACGAAACUGCAACAGAAAUUCUUUGGCAAGUAUCCCAGAAAAGUGAAGGAUUUGAUCCUCCUCCUCAAGUACUGGCUUCAACAGUGCCAGGAAAAAUGGGGGGAUUCCUCACUAUCUUCAUAUGCCCUGGAGCUGCUCACGGUGUACGCCUGGGAGCAGGGAUGUAAUGCAGAAGCCUUUGACAUAGCUGCAGGCGUCAGGACCGUCCUGCAGCUCAUCCUGCAGCAGGAGCAGCUGUGUAUCUAUUGGACAGUUAACUACAACUUUGAGGUGGAGACCAUCAGGAACACUCUCCUGUACCAGCUCAGAUCACAAAGGCCAGUCAUCUUGGAUCCCACAGACCCAACCAAUAAUGUGAGUAGAGACCACUCAUUUUGGCUACAGCUGAAAGAGGAAGCCAGCCACUGGCUGACUUCCCCCAGCCUGAAUAAUGAGUUGCCUGCACCACGCUGGAACGUUCUGGUAAAAGAGGAGAAGCUGAGCGCGAGCUGA